AUGGCUGAUAUCACAAAGCCAGCUCAUCCCUUCUGGAACGCUUACUGGCUUCUGAUGAUUGACCGCAACGCCCUCCCUGUGACGUGCCAAGUAUCGAAACUCCGUGGAUAUGAUCGAUGCACCACCCUCAUCACGGCGAACAAGACAAUCAGAGCUACAGCCAUCCUCGACAAUGUGUCACAGGUCGCAACUAGCAUCGACCUGUACACAGAGCUGUUCAACAUCGGCAAGCUGAGCGAUCGGAUCUACGGUGCUUGUGCGGCACAGAUGAGUCGAGUGCGACUCGGUCAGGGGUACGAGUACAUGCAAUACCCUCCCGGCUACCGCAUGGCGAUGGACAUCCAGUCAGGAAUCCACGUCGCCGAAAUCGAGGCCUUGAACGACUCCAUCACGCGGCAAUCAGAGCUCUUGGCAUCGAUGGGGGCCGACGGGGUCAGGAUCCCUACCAGGCCGCUGAAUGAGAUCCAGCCCUUUGCUCCUGGAUGCCCUGCUCAUGCGUGGUCUGCUCGUGGGUCCGACAACCCGGCGCCGACCGUUGUGCCGGGUGAAUAUCUCUACAACCCGCCUACUGCUCCGACAUCGAGAGCCACUCAAGUCGCUGGCCACCUGGCAACACUUCCUCGCGGUGGGCCCACGCCAGAAGAAAGCCGCUGGACGUUCGAACAUAUCGAAGCGGCUCUCGCUGACGUCAACCUGGCCGAGAACGACGAUGCGGACUCAGAGACAGACGAUGGAGAGGCCGAGGAUUCAGAGUACUACUUCGCCGACGCCGAGGACUCUGUCACCAACGAGCCCGUCCCGACCACCACCUCAGCCAACACCCAGCCCCUCGCCGACGACGUUGAUGACGACGACCACACCCCCAAAGACGACGAAUGCGCCAUCUGCCGCCUCCCCAAGUUGAAACCCUGCCGUACGCCCUGCGGCCACGAGUUCUGUCAAGAAUGCACCGUCAAAUGGCUCGAGGAGGAGCAGAGCAAGACGUGUCCGUGGGAUCGCAAGCCGUUUGCGAUGAAGGAUUUGAUGAGGAUGGUGCCGUUGGUGGGGUUGGAUGUGCUGUUUGAGUAG